AUGCCAAAACUGUCUAACAAGUAUUGCCCAACAGUACCAAUAUUGGACGAUCAACAACAUUUUCUGAGACAGGAGAUCGCGGAAUUAAUCCUCAAGAAAACUGUCGAGAAGCAGCCCGUUGUUUGUGAUACCAAAGAGGAAUGGUGGUCAUUGACCGGUAUUCAACCUCAAGAAGUUAAACAAACUCAUCAAGGCACCCCACUUCAAGAUAGAGACACUGCAGAAUAUAUGCAAAUUGAUCCACCCACACGAUUAUCUAACUUCCUUGGACCUGUCCGACGCCUUCCUUCAUAUCUUAGUCCACAAGGCAUCAAGGAAAUACUUACGUUUUCGUUGGGAGGGUCAAGAUUACCGGUUCCAUACAACUCCUUUUGGUCUAUCGGUUUUCCCAUGGUUGUUUACCAAAGUUACCUGUCCAGUACUAGAAUGGGCUCGAACCUUGGGAAUGCAAAUCAGUGCCUAUCUCAAGGAUUGGAUUAUUAUCAGCAACUUAUACCAAGAAUCAAUCACUCAUACCAAGAUGUUGAUGAACAAGCUCACUUCUCUUGGCUGGAUAUUAAACAUAAAGAAAUUGUCACUCCAGCCAUCACAACAACUGGAACAUUUGGGUUAUCUUUUGGACACCAAGAACAUGGUUUCCAAGAUUCCAGGUACCAAAUUGAGGGAUUUACAACGAUUAAUACGACAACUGAUACAACACAAAUUUACAACUCCUCAUUUGGUCCACAGUCUCAUGAUGCGGAUCCAGGCAGCCAUGAUCGCACUCUUUCCAGCCAGACUCUACAUGCAACACUUGAUGUGGUUCAAGAACAGCUUCGUGAAGAAGAACGAAGGGUGGGAUACACCACAACCAUUGCCUCAGACCUGCCUUCAGGAACUUCACUGGUGGGAAUGCAAUAUCUCACAAUGGAACGGCUGAUUGCUCCUACCACAACAAAACAAGCAUGUUCUGUUCGUCGAUGUGAGCAACACCAGAUGGGGAUGUGCACUAGGGAACAAGACAAUCCAUGGAUAUUGGUUCCACCAGUAGACCACAAUGUCUAUCAAUUGGUGGGAAAUGAAGGCGGUAAAUCUUGCCCUACAAACCUUCCCCUCCCUACAGCACUCAUCCACACUUGUCAGAACGGACAACACUAUCUCAAUGGCGUACCUGAGCAAGCAGAGUGGCUCCAAGGCCUUUCAUCUGAUGACACUGGCUACCAAGAUAUGGAGGCUGUGUCUGCACUGUGGGUUGAGGUUGACAGCCCAGCAUAUAGCAGGCAAGGAGAAUGUGGAGGCGGAUUUGGCAUCUCGUUGCACAUUUACAAAGAACUUGUGGAAGCUGUCUUGUUCAGCUUUUCAAGCUAUCUAACAGACAUGGGGUCCUCAUUCAGUGGAUUUAUUUGCGGACCAGCUGACCCACCUUCUCCCAACUUUUGUUUCAUGGAGACCAGAUCUGAAGGCGACAGCAACAGAUGCAAUGUUGAUACCAUGGUCUCAAUGGGCCAAUUGCUACCUGAAUUCUCCUUGGAACCUGAUUGGACAGUGCUUGCACAAGAUCUGGCAAGAGGACCUAGUGGCGACAAUAGUAGCACUGAUUUGGCUGAGUAA